AUGCGCUGGAGUUACAGGGCCACGAAGGAGGACAUCAAGGAGCGUCUAGAGCUCCUCGACCAGUCAUUUUACGACUGCGACUUCCGGUCGGCAGUGUAUUUUCGCCGUGAGGAGGAUCCGGACAUAGGGACACCCCUGGAAAAGAUCUUCCAGCUCUUCGUCAGUUCUGGCAUCAAGAACUGGGGCCAGGCGACUCAUCCGGACAAUCUGGACUUCUGGCUGACGGAGGAAGGCGGCUGUGCUCGGACGGCUGAGCUGCUCUUGGCCCUGGAGGUGCUGAACUUCUACCGAUGGAUUUGCCGACUGGACCGCGUUUACGUGGACUCCUUCUUGCAG